AUGUCGCAGUUCUUCGACCACGAGGCGGAGGUGUCCGAGGGCAGCGAGGACGAUGAGGUCCGCGAGGAGAUCCGCCGCCACAAGAAGACCAGCCGGCGGAUUGCCGACUCGGACGAGGAGGAGGACGACGACGACGAGGACGAUGACGAGGAUGAAGCGAGAAUCCGCGAGGAGAUGAAGGACCUGAUCAACGAUGACGUCGAGGAGGAGGAGGGCGACUCGGAGGACGACUCCGAAGGGGAGAUCGGCAAGCACGGCCACAAGCGCUCUCGCGAGGACGAGGACGAGGAGCUGGAGGAGAACCUGGACGACGACGACUACGACCUGAUUGAGGAGAACCUGGGGACGCGGAUCGAGCGGAAGAAGAAGUUUCGCCGCAUCAAACGCCUCGACGAGGAUGACGACGAGGAUGGCGGACAGGGUGGCGGCGGCGGCGCUGGCGGUCGACCCAAAGUGAUCACCAACGAGCGGGACGCCAUCGCCAAUGAGCUCUUCAACGACGACGAUGACGACGAUGACUUCAACGACGCGGCCAGCCACCGAAGCGGCCGUGGAGGAGGACGUGGCCCUGGAGCCGGCGAUCCUCGAGACCGCAUCGACCGCCAGGCACUGGAUGACCACUACGCGGGCAUCGACUCGGAGAACUCGGAGAACGACGACGACGGCUUCAUCGUGGACGACAACGACCGGCCGAUAGCGAGCCGCCAGCGAACCAAAAAGAGCGAACGCUUCACCGACCAGGCGCUGCAGCAGGCGCAGGACGUCUUCGGCGUCGACUUUGACUACGCCGAGGUGAACAAGUACGCCGACGAGGACGGCGAGGGCGGCUUCGACCAGGACGAAGACAUGGAGGACAUGGAGGAGGAGGAGGACCUGGAGGACGAGUACGGCGGCGAGGGUCGUCCCAAAGGCGCCUCGGGGAAGAAGAAACGCCGCCACCCCGCCCGCAAGAGCAUCUUUGAGCUGUACGAGCCGGCGGAGCUCGAACGAAGUCACCUCACCUCCCGGGACAAUGAGAUCCGCAACACCGACUCGCCGGAGCGCUUUCAGCUGCGCGCCAUCAAGGUGACGCCCUGCGGCGAGGAGGAGAUCAAGGAGGAAUCGGCCUGGAUCUACAAGAACCUCUUCACCAUGGACAUGGUCACGCGGCAGGAGAAGCUCAACCCGAGCGGCCGGGGGCCCCACGGCGGCCGCAAGCCGGACACCGUCCUGGGGAACAUCAGCGAGGUGCUGCACUUCAUGCGCAACGACUACCUCGAGGUGCCGUUCAUCGCCUACUACCGCAAGGAGUACUACGCCCCGGAGCUGGACAUCAACGACCUCUGGCUGAUCUACAAGUGGGACGAGAAGUGGUGCCAGCUGAAGGAGCGCAAGCGCAACCUGGUGAACAUGUACGAGAGCGUGGCCAGCUACCAGGUGGCGCUGAUUGCGCGGACCGCCGCUGCAGCAGCCGAAAACGGCGGCGGUUUCGAUGAGAAUGGCGACGAAAUACCACCUCCACCUCCACCGAUUCCUUUGGAUGAUGAUGAAGAGGACCUAGCGGAGGAGGAGAGCGAAGAGCAGCUGAAUGAGCGGAUGGCCUUUCUGCGCGUCAGUCAGAAGAGGGACGCCUACGCCGUCUGCCGGGACUUUCACAUUGACCGGCUGGCGGGCCGCUUUGGCCUGACGGCGGAACAGUUUGGCGAGCACCUCUCCGAGGGCUACCUCCGCUAUGAGAUUGAACAGGAGCCCCUGGAGCCGCUGGAGGCGGCGAAGGAGUUUAUCUGCCGGCGAUUUCCCACCGCGGAGAAGGUCCUGGAGGCGGCCACUAACAUGGUCGGGCGGCAGAUUGCCGUCGACCCCUCGGUCCGCAAGACCGUCCGCCAGGUCUUCUACGAGCGGGCGAAGGUGUGGGCGAAGCCGACGAAGAGGGGCGCGAAGGAGAUUGACGAGUCCCACUACUGCUACUCGAUGAAGUACCUCAAGGACAAGCCCAUUAGCUCCUUUGUGGACGAGCAGUUUCUGCUGCUGCACCAGGCGGCCAGUGAGGGCCUGGUGGAGAUGAAGAUCUUCAUUGACCGACGGGACGAGGAUGAGGAGGAGAAGGUCGAGGGAGAAGGUGGUGGAACCGGUGAAAAUGGCGGCCUGCCACCGCCCGGAAGUGAGACGCCGAGCAGCGUGCACAGCAGCAGCAGCAGCAGGAUGGCGCCCACCUCGUCGCCUUACCUCGAUGAGAUCAAGUACCUCUUUAUUAGGGACGAGUUCAGCAUCAACGUCCAAAAUUGGAACGCCCAGCGGACGCAGUCACUGAAGGUGGCGUUGCGCAUCAUGAAGCGGUACUUUGUGAAGGAGCUGACCAAUCGGGCGCUCAACGAGGCGCAGUUUGCCAUUCUACAGCUUUGCGGCCAGAAGCUGCACAGCCACCUCGCCGUGGCGCCCUUUGCCUUCAACCCGCGGGAGGCCCGCCUCGAGGAGGACGACGAGGAGGACUUUGACACGCGAGGCGGAGUUCGAAUUCUCGCUCUGGCCUUUGACCCGACCAACGAGGAGGCCAGUUACUGUGCGUCGAUUGACGGCGACGGCGCCGUCACCGACUACCUCAAGCUGGAGCACUUUAUGCUGCGACGGGACUUUGGCCCGGGGGCGCGGCUGUCGGAGAAGGAGGCCGCCUGUCGGUACAAUGACCGGGAGAAGUUGAAGAAGUUCAUCUUCAAGCAGAAGCCGCACGCGAUUGCCAUCGGCUGCGACACCAUCGUCACGCGGCACGUCCACGAGGAGGUGUGCUCGGUAGUAAGGGAGCUGCACGAGCGCGACCGCUUUCCCCUCCUCUCCGUGGAGUACCUCGACGCGGAGGUGGCCACCAUUUACAUGAANG